GAUGGCUUAGAACGUAAGUCUGGUGAAAGCGCGGAAAAUUGCAUGUGUGGAAAAUAAAAAAAGAGAAAAACAGUUUAGAAUUGAAAGUUUAAAUUGUAAGGCACUAAAACGAGGAUUGACGGAGAGUUAACGGAAUUUAAGAAAACCACAAAAGUGCCUGAACGUUAAAGAAAUUUAGAAGUUUAUGAGUGAAAACUAUUUAAGCUACAUAAAAUAACAAUCAAUAAUGAAGACUACCACCGCCUUUACGAAAUAUGUUUAAAAACUAUUUUUAGCUUUCGCAAGUAAAAAUACAAAAAUUUGCAAAAAAAUUCAAGAAAUAGAAAAACAAAGUACUUAUUUGAAAAUAAAAAAUAAUUCGUUGAAAAUAGCAAAAAAUUCAUAGAAAUAUUUCUACAUUUGCUAAAUCGAUUUUAUUUCUUUGCUGACGCUUGCGUUACAUAAGCCGCUGAAAAUCUGUGAAAAUGACCUGACCGAUACGUCAAUACAUUGAGCAACACGUACUGCUAUCGUGACAACUGCCAUAAAGUGAGAUAGCUAGUGAAUGUGCAGAGAAAACUAAAAAUAAAUCUCAACAAUCGUCAUACGAGCACUUAAGCGACAUUCACGCAUACAAAUAAAUUCAUAAAGACGUGGUGAGAAACAGCCAUCGGUGGAGGAGAUAGUACAGCAUGAGACGACAUGAAUGAGGCAGUGGAAAAUAAACUCGUAAGCAUAUAUUAAUAACAGUUAAAAAUACAUACAUACAUUCGUAUGUAUGCCUAUGCAUUGUCGGAAAAAAUAACAAUUCAUGCUACAAAUACAACAAUUGCCAAAAAUAAAACAUACAAUUUUAACAACUCGGUCACUUGAAUAAUUCCAACGGUAUCGAGUGGAGCACAAGAACUCAAAGUGUGCUCCAACAAAAUUUCACUACCCACCACACUCUCCUGCCGCAUUGCUGCCAUCGCAGCUUUCCAGCCAACAUGGAUCUUCAUAACUUUAACAAUAACAUACACAGCAACUUAACACUGCCAUCUGCAACAACAACAACACCAGCAACAUCUACAUAUUUUACAUAUAGCAUACCGGGCAUGGAUAUAACGCCGGGUCCUGUCGCCUUCACCUAUGUCAGUGAAUUUUUGUCGCUUAUCACACCAGCGGAACUGCCACUAGAUUUGGUGCGUCAGUUUUUGCAUUCGAACCUUACGCUUGUCGAUUUUACAAAAGAUGCGAUCAAAAUCGAGUCCGGUUUCAUAGUCAUCAUGAGCAUCUUUGCCAUACUGGCGCUUGUGCCGCUCAUCUCUACCUGCGCUUGGUGUUGCGGACGACGCGCCGACCAGGAUGAGGCCGAAUUCAUACGUAAUGCACCUGUCAACAUACACGACGAAUCGCUGCAACAGGCGUUGAAUUGUCGAAAGAGUGCGUCUGUAGUGUCACUUUGGAUAACAUUUAUUCUCUUGGCGUUGAGUGAUUUUUGCAUAUUUUAUGCGAACAGCCGUCUAGCCACCAACGUUGAAAUGACACCCGAAAUGGUCAAGUCGACUGUGCACGACAUGGAAGUAUUUCUCAAAGACACACACCUACAAAUCAAACAUAAGUUGGAUAAUGGCUUUCAUGUAGCUGUUGAAAAAGUUGUCAAAGAUUUGGAAGACGUCGAUGUUCUCCUUGGGGAGCCAAUCCAAGCGGAAAUUUCAGCACACACUGGCAUUGAGCUGGCAUAUGAUUCAUUGGCGACCAUCAGCCUGGCCAACGCCGAAUUGAUAUACCGUGUACUUAUGCUGCAGGAGACAGUGGGGCGGGCGCUGAAAAUCUCACAAGAAGCCGCCGCACGCAUGGAGGAGCUACAAAUACAAUUGUCCGUGUUGCAGCGCCAGUGUACUUACCGCGACCGGCCGCUCUGCGACACGUUGCGGAUACGAAGUUUUGAAGAGAAUGGCAUUAUUGAUGCACUCAAGACGCUGCAAGAGGACCAGACAAUCUUUCGUAUGCGCUAUUUGGGCGAAAUUGAAUUUGGUGCGACUGUCAAGAAUUUGACAUCUGAAGUUGGUGUGUCACGUUCAAUUUUCAGUAAUUUCCCGCAACAAGUUAAGCACGACACAGCUUAUGAACGGAAUUACACCCUCGAACAGCUAGAAAGCAUACGUCAUCGCACCAAAGCCAACGCGCAAAUGCUCACCUCAACUAUAAAUGCGCUGCUCGAACGCCUACAAGGCGUUUGGCCUGCACUCGAACCCAGCUAUGCCGAAUUGCAGAGUUGGUCAAACUCCUACUGGACAGCAGGUUGGGUGGCUGCUCUAGUCAUCGUUUGGGUGCUGCUUUUCGGUCUCAUGUCCUACUGUUGCUUCCUCUGCGAGUCGAACGUCAAGGCUGGUGUUGUGCUGCUAAUGUCCGUACUGAUUAUCUGUUUGGGCAGUAUUGGUAUAACCUUCUAUGGUGUCCUAACACUGGCCAUUGGCGGGAAUACGGAAGUUUUUCUUUGUCGUUCGCUAUUUGAUGAGGUGGCUGCUGGAAAUGGCGGCACUAUUGGUACUGCUGGUAAUUGGGGUAACAGUGCAACGGAUGUGACAGAUACAGCCACCUAUCAUUUGCUGGGUAAGUUAUUCGAUAAACCUGGUUAUGUGUACGCGCAUGAACCGCAGACGGGCAUCAUCGGCGAACUGCUACGACCAGAGGGUGUGAAUCGUUCCAUUGUAAACGUUAGCCUCGCAACGGCGCUCAGAGGUUGUGAACAAAACCAAGCAUCGUACAAUGUCUUCCAACUGGAUGCAUUCGUUAAUACCACACAAAUUGCCGAUUUAAAGCAAUUCCCAAAAGUGACCACAGCUAUUGAUGCAAUCACCGUAUCCGAACGUACUAUGCUCUCGCUGACGCAGACCAUACAGAAUAUACUGGAGAAUAUGCUACACACUUCAUCCUUCAAUCUGACCACAUACCGGGUGAGCAUUGGUGCACCGACGCCCGAGAAGGAUUUGGCUACGUUCAUCGAUCAAAUGCAAAGGGUGGCACUGCAGAUUCAAGAUGUAGCCACUUCGUCGCGCAUGACCACGCUCGGCAGUCGUUCGAAACGUUUACAGGCAUCCAUUCUACAGCCACUCGAACAGCUACAAAAUGAAAUACUCUACCAUCUAACCGCUUUAGAAUUGCAACGAGAUCCCUGGGCCAAGCAGGUAAAUCAGACACUCAAUCACUUACGCAACGUGCAGGGUUAUCUCGAGAAGACAGCGGGCGAAAUUUGUAGCAAUCAAACACGCGUCUAUACGGAAAGAUUGAAAGCCUACCUGACAAACAGCAAAGCCACAAUGUCCUCGCAACUAGGCGACACCACUGCCAAAUGCCGUCCAUUCUUCGACAUCUUCGACGCGAAUCGUAUUUUCCUCUGUCGAAACAUUGUGGACUAUAUAAACGCGCUAUGGUUCUUCAUCUUCAUUACGCUAUUGCUCUGGUCGAUUGGUACACCCAUUGGACUUAAUCUCAUCACCAUACAGCGUCGCUUGAAUCGUUUGCGUCGUGCGCAAGUACGCGCUGCGGAGCGCUCGGACAGCCGCAGUCGGCGCAGAGAACGUACCACCAGUUCGGCUGCACGUGAGCAGCGUAGUACCAGUGGCGCUAGUCGACCGCCACUCCGUCGCACAGCCACUGAGGAGACGUUGGACAUAGCCACUGAAGAGUCACCACCACCGAGACGAGAGCAACGUGAUAUGCGCAGCCGCGAUCGUGAGCGCGAAAUAAGCAGACCACGUGAUAGUGCAGCGACUAGCACACCUGCCCGUAGUCGGCAAUUGCGCCGCACAGGCACAGAUGCUGAAGAUAACUGGGGUUCGUCUAGCGCAAGUCGAGCCACUUCCAUGGAACGUGAAGCCAGUCAGCCUAGAAUGUACACGGGGAGCAGUAGUGCACAGCAGCAACAACAACAACAACAGCGAGGAGCUAAGACGAGGCCCCAACUUCGCAAACAAGGCACAGAAGAAUUUGAUUUGGAAGCAGAGGACAAUUGGCAACCAGCGCCGACAGCCAGCAGUAGUGUCGCUACACGUUCCGAGUCACGCGCUGGCGUACGACGCGAGCAGCGAGAGCAACCGGCGUACACACACAGUACCGGACGCAAUAAACCGAAAUUACGUCGCUCCGACCGUGAGAAAUAUGAACGCUCCUCUCGUCGCUCCAUGACGCCCGUCUUGCAGGCCCAUCCCGAUGCACAGCAAGCCAGACCAAUGCCACGUACACCGACGCGUCUGCGCCAUCGCGUGACAUUGACAACUCGCGCCGUCGCCAAUUUAAUGCGUGCCGGUAAUUCGCGCCAUAAGAGGCUCCAACGCAGCGGUACCGAAGAUUUUGAGAUCGAAGAGAGCGAGACUUAUGGUGCGCCGGCGCAAGACUCUGCCGCUGUGGCUGCCGCGCGUCGUACACCGCCACGCACCGCUCCGCCACCACCACCACCACCCGGCAUGAUGAACAGGUACGGCAGCGUGCGCAGUGUUCGCUGGACUGCCGAAGAAGAUAUGGUAUUCGAGGAUGUUGAUUCACCAAAUCCAAUCUAUAUGAAUCAUCAGCAUUUGCGUUAAAGUUGGCGGCCCGGAUUUCCGAUCUGCUCCCCAUUACAAUUUAUUUGCCGUCACUGUAUGCACGAUAAUGCGUUCAUUUUUAGUUCGCGCGUUUAAUCGACGAUUUUUUUCUAUACAAACAUGAAUACAUUUCGUAAACAAGUUUUUCGAUUCAAUUUUAUAGUCAUAAGAAAGAAAUAUUAAAUAUUUAGUAAUAGGAAAAAAUGGAUUAAGUAAAUUCGUAAAACUUUUAGAGCAAGUCGAAGUACAGAUAUGCAAUAAAUUGAUUCCACUAAACGCCUAGGCUUUUAAAUUUCAGAUGAAAUGUUUUUCCAAUUCUUAUAAAUAUUUUUUUGAAUGGUUCACAGUUUCGGGAUAAGUACGGGCAAGUAGCAAAAGUACGGACAGUAGCAAAAAAAAUAUUAGAAGUUUAAAUUUUUAUGUAGGAUACAUCGUAUUCAAUGAAGCUGAAAGUUAGUGAACAUUUAUACCACCCAUAACGAAACCCAAAAGAACUGUAUACAGGAAAAAUUUUAUAAAAUUCGUUAAAAUAUUUCUUUUUAUGGUAAGAUACUCUUUUUGAGGCCGAAGAAUUCAUUUCUGAUGUUUAUUUUUACCUACCCAACAAACCCUAUCGCCUUGCAUUUUUCCAAUUUUUUUAAGUUUGAAGUAUUCUUUGUUCUUUUGACAGUGCCUCUUGCGUUUUUAAACACAAGUUUGAAUGAAUUGCUUAUUAAGCUAAUACCUAUUUUUUGUGGGCACGCUGAGACUUUAACAAUUUUACUGAAGGCUUUAAUAUUAGCUUGCGUUUUUAGUUUAAAUAAAUAUUAUGCAUUUAGACAUGUA